GGCAUAUAAACGGUUGAAGCUAGGAAAGCCUCUGUUAUAGAGAAUAAAGCCGCAGCCCCCUAACCAGCGUUAAAUCCAUUUCAAGUUGGCGCGCGAGUUUGUGGAAGCACUAGAGGCAACAACGAAGGUAGCUAACUACAGACACAAUUUCAUAGCUUUUGUUGACUUUUAGCACCGUUGCUUCUCGUUACAAGGACCGCAUGGAUACCCGCACUCAGCGUCCUCGCCGGGACCCUCUUAGUCUAAGCGAGGUGCUUCAUACUUUAAGUAUCGACGCAAUAGAUGCACUCUAUGGCACCUUUAGAGAGCAGGGCAGCCUGGCAGCUGUUCGCUUGGUCUGCCGGGGACUUCGCGAUGUCAUGGAUGGCAGCGUGCGGCAAGUGAAAAUUGCGCCGCCGUGGACAUCAUCCAGGGUGACGCAUGGACCUCCGCUUGAGCUCUCAGAGCCUAAGCAGUUGCCGUCUUUGCCCUCUUUGGCGCGCUGGCCUCGCUGCAGCUCAGUCCGACUUCUCUAUGGCAAAGCCGGGGAUGCGCAAGCGUUCACGAUGUCCACUAUUGGCCUCCCCCUUGCGGUCAGGAAGCGUAUAACGCAUCUAGCAGUAGAGAACAAAGAAUGCGCUUUGCCAGAGCCCGAGUCCAUCCUGUCACUACUUCUCCGCCGGCUUCCAUCCCUACGGGAGCUAGAGCUGCAUACCUUUCUAGGCAUGUCCUACAUGCCUACGCAACAGCAACUUCUGUACGACAGCCUGUCUUCCCUGCCGCACCUCGAACGCCUCACGUUGCCCAGUUGUCGUGCUCUGGAGUGCCUGGGAAUCCUGUCCGAGAGCAACCUCAGCAGCCUCACCAUCGACGCCUCAAACUCGCCUCAACUCACCCGGAUGCUGUACAGCUCCCAUCCGUCCAUGCGAGGCGAGGGUGCCGUACUCACCGACGAACUAGCACUUAACCUGGCCCAUUUGGGAAAGCUCCAAAACCUGACGAUACAAGGAUGCUGCCUAGCACGGGAUUCCGAGGGGCCCCAGGCGGGCUACCGCUUACUCCGGCAUCUGCUGUGCGCCCUGCCAGUACAUACCAAGCGGUCUCUACGGCUGCAAGAUUGCAAGUGCGCUGGCUUAGCGGGUGCGCUUAACCUACACCUACGCUUCGACGCCGGCAGCAUGGUGCCAUGCGUUGAGGUUGGCAGUGCGGAGCUGCCGGAUCUUGCGGCCAUGGUUGCACCCGAACAUGGGCUGCUGCAAUGCGCCCUUGCGGAAUACAGUUCUCUGCCUCAACCGCAAGCGUCAACAAGGCCAGUAAUGAGCAUCGACGAGCUCAUUAUCGACCAGUCGGGCUUUCUCACGGACGAGUUGCUGCAGCGCUUGCGUGCCCUGCAGCAGCAGCAGUGCCAGCAGCUAUUGCUUCGGGGCGUCAAGACGCUGACCCUAGGCCUGCAUGCCACCCUAGAGGCUGUACUGCAGGUGGUGGAGGUCCUGGGGUCGCCUGGGGAGCUGGGUCUGCAGGUUGUUGCUGGCAGACCCGGCAAGUACGCAUGCGGGAAGGAGCUGCUGGGGAUAAAAGUACUGCUGAGUGGGGCUGGCGGCGGUGGUGGGAGCUGUGCGGCAGGUAGCUGUCGUGCUGCGGUGGCUGCGGCUGGGUCCGCAGCGGCCCAUGCAGCUCAUGCAGCUCAAGCGGGGGUGGCGGGACAUGCGGCUCAGGCUGCGGGCUCGGCAGACCAGCCGUCGUUGGCAGGAGCAGCAGCAGCUGAGCUACCAUCCGCUGAGCAGCUGUUACGGAACAUGGUUGCACGUUGGGAGGCGACAGGGGAGGUGCUUGGGGCGUCAACCGCAGCGGCAGGGGCUCCAGCAUUUGGGGGUGUGCAAGCCGCAAGGGCAGAAGCGUCAGCCGCAAGCGCCGCCAAGGCUGCAACGGCAGCAGCAGCCGUGAGCUUUGAGCCUGCGUCCUCAGAGGUGUUGCUGCUCAAGGGUCCCUUUGUGGCGGUACUGACCCAAGGGUCGGUCUUCCUUAACAACUGGAUGCAGCUGCUGGAGAAGCACGCGGUAGCAGCAACAGCAGCUGCAACCAGCAGUGCUGGAAACGGCAGCGGCGGCGGCAUCAGUGGCCGCUGUGUCGAAUGGUACCAAGUCGUGCAAACCUCGGUGUUGGUGCAAUGCGGCAGCAGGGCGAAGGCCGCUGCGGUGGCGGCGGCUGCGAGAGCGCUUAUGGAGGCUGCGCUGGGCGGUGGAGGCCUCCGCCCGCCGGUGCAGGUGGUGGCGGUGAAGGUGGCGUCGCGGUGCCGUGUGCAGCGCAGGGAGGACAAUGUGGACGGGAUGUGGCUGGACGGGUCGUACCUCCCCUUGCGUAGCUUCGUCCUCCGGGGCUUUGAGCAGGCAGUACAGGAAGCAUGGGACGGGGCCCCCGCUGCUGCCGCAGCAGGGGAGGCGGGACAGGAGCAGGAGCAAGGUGCGGUCAUCAGCCGGGGCCGACUGGAAUGGUUGCUGGGGUUGCGGAAUGUGGUAGCAUCCCUACCGAAGAUGGUGUGGAUGCAGCAGGAGUGCGCAAGAGUGAUGGGAUGACGCUGCAAGCCUGUAGGUCUGCUGGCACCUACAGUCAGUGUAGGUGGGUUGAGUGCAUCAUAUCUUCAUGUGGUUGGCGCACUUGGCAUUGUCUUGCUAGUCAGGAUGUUGAAGUUUGUGCGUUGUGCACGCAAGAGGGGCUCUCAAUGCAGGUUGCCGAUUAAGGUUAAGUGUUUGGGGACUGAGAGUCGCUGGAAAGUAUCAACCAUAGGCACGCGUGACAGAUGAUUCAUUAGCGGUUUCGCCUACCUGGUUUCGCCGAC